UCGGUUACUCAGAUCUCUUGCUUCUUCUUGGCCUUCCAGUUGCCGUGAAAUGACGAGUAUGCUACCCACACUCUCUCCGUCUCGCACCACUUGCGCAUCCCUCCUUCGCGAAUUGCAGAAACUAUGGGAUGAAAUUGGGGAGACUGACAGCGACAGGGACGAGACGCUUCUACAACUCGAGCAAGAGUGCCUCGACAUUUACCGGAAGAGGGUUGAGAAAACAAGAAAGUACAAGGCUGACCUGCAUCAGUCAUUGGCUGAGGCUGAAGCUGAAAUUAACAAUAUCGCCUCUGCCCUUGGGGAACAUGCCUUCUUUUCAAGGGGAAGAGGCACUCUUAAGGAGCAGAUAUCUGCCAUAAAACCCAUAUUGGCGGAGUUGAGGUCAAAGAAGCAAGAAAGAGUUAAGGAAUUUUCAGAAAUACAGACUCAGGUUGUUCAGAUCUGUGCAGAAAUAGCAGGCAAUGGUGAACCUAACACUUCUUCUGAUCCACAAGUUUCUGAAAGUGAUCUGACAGUGAAGAAGUUGGGAGAGCUUAAGUCACAUCUUCAGGAACUUCAGAAUGAAAAGAUUUUCCGAUUAUUAAAGGUCAACAGCCAUAUUGAUGCUGUCCAUGAGCUGUCAGCUGUGUUGUCAAUUGAUUCUUCUAGGACGCUUAAUGAAGUACACUAUAGCUUGACUGAUCCCUCAGGUAGUCAAUUAAAGAGCAUCAGCAACAACACACUUGCUAGAUUAACGGGGUUGAUCCACUCGCUAAGGCAGGAGAAACAACAAAGGCUACAAAAGUUGCAUAAUGUUGGGAGGACACUGGUAGAGCUAUGGAAUCUCAUGGGCACGUCAGUUGAUGAGCAAAAAGGUUUUGAGCAUGUAACUAGCUUAAUUUCUUCCUCUGUAAAUGAGGUGUCAAGGCAAGGGUGCCUUGCUCUUGAUAUCAUUGAAAAGACUGAGCUAGAAGUUGAACGAUUGAAUGUUCUGAAAGCCACAAAGAUGAAGGAGUUGGUGUUCAAGACGCAAAAUGAACUAGAAGAAAUCUAUAGAGGCGUUCAUAUGGAUGUAGAUGGUGAUGCAGCACGGCAAAUUCUCAUCAGCCUCAUAGAUUCUGGUAAUGUGGAUCUGUCUGAUCUUCUUUCAAAUAUGGAAGAUCAGAUUGCGAAAGCCAAAGAUCAAGCUCUAAGCAGGAAGGAUAUUGUGGACAAGGUAGAGAAGUGGAGAUAUGCAAUCGAGGAGGAGAAGUGGCUGGAAGAAUAUGAAAGGGAUGAAAAUCGAUAUAGCGCUGGAAGAGGAGCACAUAAAAAUCUGAAACGUGCUGAGAAAGCACGGAAUCUGGUCAGCAAAAUACCAUCUAUUUCUGAGAAUUUGACUGCAAAAGUAAAAGCCUGGGAGAUGGAGAAAGGAAUCCCUUUCUUGUACGACAAGGAACCCAUCUUAUGUAGCUUGGAAGAGUAUAUUGUAUUAGGCCAGGAGAGACAAGAGGAAAAGCGUAAAUUUCGGGAGCAGAAACGGCUGCAAGAACAACUUGCUGCAGAACAAGAGGCCCGCUUUGGUUUGAGGCCCACACCAAAAAAGCCAUUGGGUCAAAGCACCAAUGUUAACACCAUGGUUGGGACUCCCACUGGUCGUCGUCUGGCAACUCCUUUGGGCCGCCGUGGAAUAUCAGCUGGGAAGGAACAUAAAGAGAGUGGCCGGGUCAAUAACAUAGUUACUGAAAACUACGUCGCGCUUCCAAAGGAUGAUUCGGUCUCACAGGCCAGUUAGGCUACUCUCUCAUGGUUUUUGACUGAUUGUAAAUGAGCAUGCAUCCCCAGCCCCUGGUGCAGUUCCUAUAAUUUUUUGUUUCUUACGGUAGAAAACUUAUAAUGAGAAGUACAGAUUGGGAUAAUCAUAAAUAAGAACAUGGUAAUGCCUUCACGGCUUUACAUUGGAGACCAAAUUAUUGUGCAUUGCGUGAAAGAUGCAUAAUCUA